AUGAGCAAGACGAAUUUCUUCACUGACCUCCUCAGCAAUGGUUUGGACUUGCAAAGCGAUGACUUAAUCGAGGAAUGCUUGCAGCGUUUUGACCAAGAUGAAGACGGCACUCUUAAUUUGAAAGAGUUGUGUACAUUGAUGGAAGAACUCUUUGUAGAUUCUAAAGGCGAGAAAUAUGAUGUUCCGGUUCGAAGAAGUGCUGAAAUAUUCUACGCUUUUGAUGAAGACCGAGACGGCAAGUUAAGUUUGGACGAGUUUCAAAAAAUGUGGAAAAUGUGCAUUGUACCCAUAAUUCAGCCCAAAACGGCUUUAAUUGUUAUAGAUGUUCAAAAUGAUUUUAUUGACGGAUCCUUAGCGAUAAGAAACUGCCCGGCUGGACAAGAAGGAAAAGAUGUAGUUCCGGUAAUUAAUGAAUUGAUUUCAAGCGUGCCAUUUCAUUAUAUAUACUACACGUAUGACUGGCAUCCAGAUGAUCACGUUUCUUUCAUAGAUAAUGUCCAUUUGAGGAAUAUUCAUGAAACUAGUCCUGUAGUUGCUGAAGACGCAAAGGUUUUCGACACUGUCGUAUUUGAAGGUCCCCCAGAAAUUGAACAGAAACUAUGGCCGAGACAUUGCGUUCAGAACUCUUGGGGAGCAGAGUUGCAUGCUGAAUUGACGAUAGCCGAGAAAGCGCAAUUUGUGUACAAAGGUACGUGUCCUGACAUUGAUAGUUAUUCAGCUUUCUGGGACAAUCAAAAACGUUCCCAGACCAGUCUUUCAAACGAACUAAAUGAGCGUGGUGUUACAGAUGUUUUCGUGUCUGGUUUGGCAACAGAUUAUUGUGUGGGUUCGACCGCAAUGCACGCUCUGGAACACGGAUAUCGCACCAUCCUUAUCGAAGAUGCUUGCAGAGGAGUUGAUGUCAAAGACAUCGAAAUUAUGAAGGAAAGAUUUAAGGAAGGUAAUGGCGCAGUGGUGUCAUCCGAUAAAGUGAAAGACAUGGUGUUGGGACGUGAUAGGAGACCUGAACUUGGAUAUCGAACGGCAAUGUUAGCAACUAAUCCAUCUGAAGAGUAAAUAUUGCCCGUUGACAAUUUCGUGGAUUAAAAUAUGAUCAAUAUUCAUAAUGAUCUGAGAAGUGAAUGUUACCAUUUUUUAAUUUCUCAGAGUAAAAUAUUAGACCGAUCUAUAUUCAAGAUUGUCUGAAGAACAAAGUUUACCAGUAGUUAAUUUUGCAAAAAACUUGAGCAAUCCAUUUUCAAAGCUAUUUCUAGAACAAAUGUUAUCAGUUGUUAAUUUUGCAGAGUAAAAUGUUAAAUCUAUUCAUAUUCGACUGUCUGAAGAGCAAAUGUUAAGAAUUGUGAAUUUCUAUGAGUAAAAUAUUAGUCGAAUCAAUUUUUAAGACUGUCUAACACGUAAAUAUCACCAGUCGGUAAUUUCACGGAUUACAACAAUAUAAAAACUAGAUGCUUCUAGCUGUUAACUUGAACUUUAUAGGUAAGAUGUAACAUUUUGUGCAUGGUUUCACCCAAAAUUGAAAACAUUUUAAUUUUAUCAGAUUUAUUUACGCAGUGCAUUAUGAAAUUGCUAUAUCCUUAGUGAUAUGCACAUAGAUUAGAAAAAAAAGUUUAUGCUUAUAUAACUUACUGCUAAAACUCCAGAUUUUGAAAUCAAAAUGUCAUGAAGAGUCGGAAACAUUUAUGAA